CUUUCCUGACUUUUACUCAACAGUCCUAGUAUCUCACUGUCACACUCAACUGUCUGCAAGAUAGCGCCGAACUGACACAAGUGGCCUUGCGUUUCGGAAAUUGAUAAAAACGGUUAGGAUAGAGUGCGCGUUCAGAUAGUCUUUAUGGGGAAAUAUCUUCUAGGAUCUAAUAAGAACGAAAUAUUUGAAAACAGUAACUUAUUUGAGUAGUUAUUUGACAUAAAAUGUAUGUGGGCUAAUAACGUAGCACGUUCGAAUUUAUGAAUCCCACUAUGUCGAAGGCUGUUCAAUAUUUAUUAGAUCACGUGACUGGACGGAACUUUUAAAAUAACGCCGCAUAGUUAAUAUUAAUGAGCUCUGCCUCAGCAAUAGUAGGAUUUGUCAACGUGUGAAGAAGAAGCGCUCAAUUAUCAUGUUGUCUGGACCGGAAGUUUUCAGCUAAAUACACAGGAGGUACGCUAUCUUUAUCAGUAGGAUGGCAUUGGGACGCAAUCAACAUUCGGUCAUACGGAGAAAGUGAGAUAAUGAUUGGACUACUAUGAGAUACAUUACUUUAUUGGUUUUGCUGUUACUAAAUGUCAUAAAUGCUGCUAGAAGUCAUGGGGAUCUGGCCUGGGCUCACAGAUCUGUGAAGAACAGAUUAAGCCGAGAUGUUUCAUGCAGAGAAGGCUUGGAAUAUCCACAUGAAAACAUCUGCUGUCUAAACUGCCCUGCUGGAACCUACGUGAAAAAAGCUUGUGCUACUGCUUCAGAAAAAGGAGUGUGUGCGCCGUGUGAGUUUGACACAUAUACUGAGCAUGACCAUGGAUUGUUGAAGUGCAUAUCUUGCGACAAGUGCCGUAUAGAUCAGGAAACCAUAGAGAAAUGCACAAGCACCCAGAACACAAAGUGCAAGUGCAAAAAUGGGUCAUUUUGUUUACCAGACCAGGCUUGUGAGGUGUGCAAGAAAUGCAGCAGAUGCAAAGAGGAUGAGGAGACUGAAAAAAGCUGCACAGACAUUUCCAACACAGUCUGUAGAAAGAGAAGCUCUCCAGGAAGCUCCACCUCAAUGACUUUCAUUGUUAUCAUGCCGUUAAUUGCAAUUCUGGCUUGCAUUUUGUGCAUCGUCUACUGGACAAAGUCAAAACAAAAUAAAACAGCUGUAACAUCACGAAGUCCAAGGGAGAUGGUUAAGAUCUGUAUGGGUCACAGUGAGGAGGUCGGAGAGGAAAAGCAGAAUGAUCACAACUCCAGGAUUGAUGACUCCUCUCAGCUCCAGCCAUUCCUCGAGCAAAACUUUGUGGUGGGUACCAGUGUUCCCAAUCCAUCAGAGGCAGAAAAAGACAAGGGGCUUGGGGACAGUCUCUCUAACACCGCCAACUCUUCACAAACUAGCCUGGCCAUGUGUGUUGUGCCCAGUGAUCUGCAGUCCUGCCACACUAACCAGUCAAGCAGCUCCGCACUUGCCUGGCAGCCUCCUGCUUUGGAAAGAGAGUCAUCAAGAAGACUUGUUCCUUUGAGCGGUGAAGAAUCGUUGAAGAAAACCUUUGAUUUCUUUGAAGAAAUUGAUGUCCAUUAUCAUAACCGAUUCUUCAGGUUGAUUGGACUGAGUGAUAAUGCAAUCAAAAGCGCUGAUUCUCUUUUUCCAGAAGACAGAGUUUACGAACUAUUGAAAAUCUGGAUGGAAAAGGAGGGACUGAAGGCAGAUUUCAACAGUCUUAUUGAAGCAUUAAUUUAUUUAGACCAGAGGCUGUCAGCAGAAAAUAUCAUUGCUAAGGCAAUUAAUAAUAGUUGCUUUAAAUAUGAAGAAGAGUGACUGAAAACAUGCAACUAUUGUCAUCCUCUUAGCAUUCUCAGGGGACCAAGGUGCAGUAUGCUUUUCAGUUUCAUUUUAUCCAUUGCUUCCCAUAUGUAGUGUUAUUUCUCAACAAUUUCAGGAUGAAAAGUGUUUCUCUGACAAGGUAUUUAUUAUGUUAGGAAAUGUUUAAAUCUUUAGAUAUGACAAACGCUGUUGGUCACGAACAUUAGUUACGUUUAAAAAGAUAAAACUAAGUAUUUAAGACAUCUGAUGUUAUAAAAUGUGUAUUUCGCAAUUUGGCGAUGUUUUUUUUUUUUUAUUCCUUUUCAUUUUGUAUAAAUUUGAUGUGUGCCAUGUGAUGAUUUUGUUAACUAAUAAAG